UGCAUUGGCUGGCGCGAAAGCCUUCAGAAAUUCUACAGAGGGAAUUACUAGACCACAAUGAUAACAGUGGACUAUCAAAAGUAACGGGCAUGCAAUUGCUGAGAGAGAUAUGGACGGAAGUUGAACAUUUGGAAUUACGAAAAAUAAUAUCGUUGACUACUGAUCCCACACCAAUAUUGCUUGAUGCACUGGAAUCAGGAAAUGAUGAUCAAGUAAUUCGGCUUUUCUUGAGGAUACCUCAAACAGUCAUCUACUCAAUUGACUCUAAACAACGGAACCUAUUCCACUUGCUUCUUCACUAUCGACGUUUAAACAUCUUUGAUGAGUAUAAAAAUAUUAGUGUGAUAAAGUAUUUAAUGCUAGGGUUGGAUGACGAGGGUAACAACGUUCUACACGAGGCUGCGCACCUACCACCUCAAUUCCAACUAAACUCUGGUUUAAAUGCAGUCAUUCAAAUGAAAACAGAGCACGCAUGGUUCAAGAAAGUAGAGAAAAGCGUUCCUUUUGAAAUACGGAGCGAAAAAAACAAGAAUGGAAAGACUCCAAUUGAGGUAUUUUAUGAUGAGCAUAAGCCGUUAUCGAAAGAGAUCAAAGAAUCCGCCAAAGGAAUAGCAGAAUCUGGGAUGCUUGUGGCAACGCUUGUUGCCACCGUAGCAUUUGCAGCUGCUCUCACCGUUCCAGGUGACAAGAAGAAUCCCUGGUUCAUUGUCUUCAUCGUCACAAAUGCAGUGGCCUUAUUCACUUCUUCUGCCUCCAUACUCUCUUUCUUGUCAAAUUUCACUUCUUCAAGAUUUGCAGAAACUGAAUUUGUUAUAUCACUGCAUCCCAGCUUGACUUUUGGACCUGCAUUCCUAUUUGCCUCAGUUGCUGCUAUGGUUGUGGCUUUCAUUGCAGCCUCCUUUCUCAUAUUUGAUCACACAACAAGUUGGGUUUCGUUUGUGGUGACUCCAAUGGGGGUUUUCCCAUUGCUUGUGUUUCUUCUCUUUCAAUCUAGAUUCUGCGAUGAUUUAUUUUGGUCUAGAUACUAUCGUCCCAAACUUCGGUAACCUGUUUCUUACAACAUCAUUAAGUGUUUUUCCUAUUUUAUGUGUCUUAA